UCUCCUAGAGCAGCCAAAACCACUGGAAAUUGGAAUCCAUGAUGCGGUGGCCCUAUUGGCACAUGCCAGCAAAGUUGAGUCUUGGAUUUCUAUGUCUCUUUCUUGUUUGGAACAUAGCUUCAUGCGUAAGAAGAGAAAACAAGAGAGAGAAGCAAGUGGCAGUGCUGGCUACUGCAGAACUGCCUGCAAAGUCCGUGGAUCUGGCUGCUGUUAAUCUGACAGAACUGGUGAAUGGGAUGCUGAGCACGUCACUAAGAGGUACCAGAAAGCUCUUCUCUUUGCUAAGCAUCACGUCCUACAGCUCGUUUGCUUUCCACAAAGUGUCAGUCACCAUUUAUAACAUUUCUAGCCUGAAAAAUGUUGACCCUCGCAAGUUCCCUAUGCACUACUGCUACUGUUUAAACAACGUGACAAAUGACUUGACAGAUUUCACUGCUUUGCUUGUUGACAUUAUUGGAAACUCUACCAGUUACCUCACAGAAAUUUUCAAAUCUACUUCUAUUCUCUCAGUCCGUCAGAGCAAUGAUUCAGAUUGUAUCUACAUCUGUGUGAUGACAGGUCAAACAGGGAGAAAUCUGUCUGACUUCUGGGAAAUACUAGAGAAAUCUCCUGUUAUUAAUUAUACAUUUUCCAGUAACACAUCUUCUGACCUAGAUAUAGAUUCUGUUUUUUCAAGUUUCAUGAAAUCACAGGAAGACUCAAACAAAACUGUGGAUCCAUCAGCAGAGCAUCCAUGGACAUUUAAUAGUACUAGCACUCCUCUUGCCCUGAAAGGAAAGGACAGUUCCAACACAAGGCCCCCACCAUGGACAAAGAUGCUUAGUGUGAAGGCAUCAGGGUUUCCUUCACUGUAUGUAGACACUUCAAGACCACGAGGCACAGCUGGAGCCCCUCCUGCUGCUGAGAGCACCUUAGUCACAUCACCAGCUUUGCAGCCCAGCCCCACACUUAUUUCUCUUCUUGUAGCUGAUACAAACAUGUUUUGGAUGCAGACUGUGCCACCUCAAGAUGCCAGCAAUAAGAUACAAACAGAGCAAGAUUUACCUUCCUCAGUUCUGUCAACUCCACCUCACCAACCUGGCCUGAUACUGAAACUUCAUUCAUCUGCACGGUGUCCACAGGCGAUGCUCAAAGACCCGUACAUGACCUCACCUCCUGUCACCAUCAUUCUGCAGAAGAUCAAUCCCUGUCUGAUGGAGCUUUGCAGGUUUUUUCAGCUGUGCCUCUGUGCUGGCCAAAGAAGACAUUCCAUAAAGGAUGCCAUGAGGUACUGUGUUGAGUACUAUUCCUGGUUUUUGAAAAAUGCAACUUAUGUCUGUGAAAGAGUCAAAAGAGUUGCUUACUCCCACACAUUAAAACAGAAAUGCCUUAAGAACAUCUGUAAAUCAGUCUAGAGCACUGAGGAAUUUUACUUCAGUUUGGGGAACAGUGACAGUUUUUGUAGUCUUUUCAGAUUGACAUAGGUAAUCUGUGAAUAUGUCUAACAAGUUAUUAACCAGAAAUUAACCUAGAAAUCUCUCUUCAUCCAAAGCAAUAUGAAAAUGGUGUGUAAAAACAGAUGCAUGUUAUACAUGUGUUGUACCUGCGAUAGACAAUAAAAUAAAAUAAAAAAAUUUGGGAGGCUUUCUAAAAUUGAAUUUUAUAAAGUAUUCUUAAC